AUGGCGGAUAUCAACGUCGACGUUCUCGUCAUCGGCGCCGGCCCGACUGGUCUCGGUGCGGCCAAGCGCCUCAACCACCUUAACGGCCCCUCGUGGUUGAUUCUGGACUCCAACGAGAAGGCUGGUGGUCUUGCCUCCACCGAUGUCACCCCCGAGGGCUUUCUCUACGAUGUCGGCGGCCACGUCAUCUUCUCCCACUACAAGUACUUUGACGACUGCCUCAACGAGGCCCUCCCGAAGAAGGAGGACUGGUACGACCACGAGCGUGUUUCGUACGUGCGGUACAAGGGCCUCUGGGUUCCCUACCCCUUCCAGAACAACAUCUCGAUCCUGCCCAAGGAAGACCAGGUCAAGUGCAUUGACGGCCUCAUUGACGCUGCCCUGAACUCCCGCGUCGCCACUACUAAGCCCAAGGACUUUGACGAGUGGAUUCUCCGGAUAUGCGGUGAGGGUGUCGCCGAUGUCUUCAUGCGCCCCUACAACUACAAGGUCUGGGCUGUCCCCACGACCAAGAUGCAAUGCGAGUGGCUUGGUGAGCGUGUCGCCGCGCCCAACCUCAAGAUGGUCACCUCCAACGUCAUCCUCAACAAGGUCGCCGGCAACUGGGGGCCCAACAACAUGUUCCGCUUCCCCGCGCGGGACGGAACCGGUGGUAUCUGGAUUGCCGUCGCCAACACUCUCCCUGAGGAGAAGAAGCGCUUCGGUGAGAAGGGCGAGGUCACUAAGGUCGACGCCAAGAAGAAGGUCGUCACCCUCAAGGACGGCACCACGAUUGGCUACGGCAAGCUCGUCAACACCAUGGCCGUCAACCAGCUCGCCGAGAAGAUUGGUGACCAGGAGCUGAUCACCCUCUCCAAGGGCCUGUUCUACUCCUCGACCCACGUUAUUGGUGUGGGUAUCCGUGGUGAACGUCCGGAGCGCAUUGGUGACAAGUGCUGGUUGUACUUCCCCGAGGACAACUGCCCCUUCUACCGCGCCACCAUCUUCUCCAACUACUCCCCGUACAACCAGCCGGAGGCCAACAUCAAGCUCCCGACGCUCUACAACGCCGACGGCAGCAAGGCCAAGAGCAGCGAGGCCCAGGCAGGCCCGUACUGGUCCAUCAUGCUGGAGGUGUCGCAGUCUGAGCUCAAGCCGGUCGACGAGGAGAACCUGCUCAAGGACUGCAUCCAGGGUCUGAUCAACACCGAGAUGAUCAAGCCCGAGGACGAGAUCGUGUCGACGUACCACCGCAAGUUCGUGCAGGGCUACCCGACACCGACGCUCGAGCGUGAGGGCGUGCUCAAGCAGCUCCUGCCCAAGCUCCUGGACCUGGACAUCUGGUCGCGUGGCCGCUUCGGCAGCUGGCGGUACGAGGUCGGCAACCAGGACCACUCGUUCAUGCUCGGUGUUGAGGCCGUCGACAACAUUGUCAGCGGUGCCGUCGAGCUGACCCUCAACUACCCUGACUUUGUGAACACGCGCCAAAACACUGAGCGCCGUCUCGCUCAGACCUCGUACAGCCAGGGGUCUGCCGUCCCUUCGCGCCCCAAGGCCUAA